GAAAGGCUACCUUAGUAGCCCAGUCUUCUGCCUUCAUGCUGCCUCUUUCCAUCACCUCCUUUCUUCUGUUAUUUUGUGUUCUGAAUAUUGGAAGCUGUGAGAGCUAUAAUGAUCUGAAAAAGCUGGAAACAGAGUUUGCCCUCACUCUUUACCAAAAGCUAGCAGAACGUAACAACAGAACGAAUCUUGUCAUCUCACCAGCCAGCAUUUCUUUUUCUUUGGGACUUCUGCAAUUUGGAGCUCGUGAAAAAACCUUUGGACAACUGGAACAUGCUUUGGGAUACAGCUUUCGUGGUGAAUUCCUAGUGGGCUCUCUGGAUCAGAUCAGUGUGGUUGAAAUACCUUAUCUGGAGGAGAAGGUUAGCAUGUUUGUGGUGCUUCCAUCCAAUAGGAGAACCUCUCUAGCCAGGAUUGAGACUUACCUCUCGGCUCAAACCUUCUCUCUGUGGUCCAGCACCUUGAGAAGAACAGCAAUGGAUAUCUUUCUCCCUAGGUUCAAAAUUCAAAACCACUUGGAUUUAAAGAGGAUUUUGCCUACAUUAGGAAUUACAGACAUGUUUGAGCAAACAGAAGCCAAUUUUAAGGGUAUUUCAGAGAAACAUUUGUCACUGCCUAGGUUUGAACUCUCAGUCUCCUAA